AUGGAAGCAAGCAUACAAAAGGAAACAAACUCGCAAAGAAAUGCUACGGACUGGGCAAUUGUAAAGCAAUUGAUGAAGUAUAUUUGGCCCAAAAAAGAUAUCGGCGUUAAAGCUCGUGUUGUAAUAGCUUUGUCUCUGUUGGUUGGCGGUAAGUUACUGAAUGUGCAAGUUCCAUUCUUCUUUAAGAAUGUCAUUGAUUCACUUAACGUGGCAUUACCUGAAAGUGGAACUUUAUGGACUGUUUGUGGUCUUGCCAUCAUUGGCUACGGUCUUGCCCGGUUGGGUGCUAGUGCUUUUCAGGAACUUCGAAAUGCUGUAUUUGCCGCGGUUGCUCAGAAAGCUAUUCGUCGAGUUGCCUUGAACGUAUUCUCUCAUCUGCAUAGACUCGAUCUUGGUUUUCAUUUGACUCGACAAACUGGUGGAUUGAAUAGAGCCAUUGAUCGUGGUACAAAAGGUAUAAGCUUUAUGGUAAGCUCAAUGGUUUUUCAUGUUUUGCCAACAGCACUAGAAAUCAGCAUGGUCUGCGGUAUUUUGGCAUAUAAGUUUGGCACACCUUAUGCAUUAGUGACAUUCAGCACCAUUGUAGCAUACACCGGCUAUACCGUUUUGACAACUGCGUGGAGAACCAAAUUUCGUAAACAAGCCAAUGCAGCAGAUAAUGUAGCUGCAUCAAAGGCAGUCGAUUCAUUGAUCAAUUUUGAAGCUGUGAAGUAUUUCAAUAAUGAAAAGUUUGAAGCUGAACAAUAUGAUAAACCUCUCCAAAAAUAUGAAAAAGCAUCACUUAAAGUGGCAUCCAGUUUAGCUCUUUUGAAUGCUGGUCAGAAUGCCAUUUUUAGCACUUCUUUAACAAUUAUGAUGCUUCUUUCAGCUCAUGGUGUUUUAAACGGAAGUAUGACCGUUGGUGAUGUUGUUAUGGUUAAUCAACUGGUAUUUCAAUUGUCUAUGCCAUUAAACUUCUUGGGUUCGGUAUACAGAGAAUUGCGCCAAUCGUUGAUUGAUAUGGAUACCCUAUUCAAUUUAGAAAACCGUGAACCUCUUGUUAAGGAUGCACCGGAUGCCAAGGAGUUCGUUUUCAAAGGCGGUGAGAUUCGUUUUGAAGACGUGAAAUUCGGUUAUCACCCUGAUAGACCCAUUUUGAAUGGCGUUUCGUUUACGGUCCCUGCAGGUUCGAAAGCAGCUUUUGUUGGGCCUAGUGGUUGUGGCAAGUCAACGAUUUUGAGAUUGUUGUUCCGCUUUUAUGAGCCUCAAUCGGGUAAUAUUUAUGUUGAUGGACAAAAUAUCAAGGAAGUGACAAUGGAAAGUCUUCGUAAAGCUAUCGGUGUUGUACCUCAGGACACCACUCUGUUUAAUGACUCCAUUUAUUACAACAUUAAUUAUGGACGUAUUAACGCUUCCAAGGAGGAAGUAUAUCAAGCCGCUAAGCGCGCUCGUAUUCAUGACGUUAUUAUGUCUUUACCUGAAAAGUAUGAUUCGACUGUCGGCGAACGAGGUCUAAUGCUGUCUGGUGGUGAAAAGCAGAGAAUUUCUUUGGCGAGAACCAUUUUGAAGAAACCUCGCAUUCUCUUCUUGGACGAAGCCACAUCUGCUUUGGAUACGCAUACCGAACAAUCUCUACUAGCAAACUUCAGAAGUAUUCUGCGUGAGACAAAUAUGACGAGUCUCCAUAUUGCUCAUCGAUUGAGAACCAUUGCGGAUGCCGAUCAUAUUUUUGUCUUGAAGGAUGGUCAAGUGGUUGAAACUGGUGACCAUGAACAAUUGUUGCAAAAAGACGAUAGUGUAUAUAAAAGUAUGUGGGAAAAGCAAGAGAGUACAAUGGUUUACUUUGACGAGGUUGAAAAGCAUGAACAGGAAUUCAAUCUAUCCACCUUUGAAGAAAACAAAAAGAAGCCUGAACAAUAA